CUUUUUUCCUUUUCUUUUGCCCGGCUCCCUUCCCGGCUCUGAAAGCCAACUCAGCCGCCCGGGGGGCGCGCUCGGGGCGGGAAAGCGCGGCCGCCCCCCAGUCCAGCGUCUUCCCCCCACUCCUUUUUCGGCGACCCCCGUCACUUUUCCUGCGGUGGCCUCGGGUGCUCCCCGGCGGAGCGGAGAUUACCCAGCGGCCGGGAUGCCCCAACUCUCCGGGGCCGGCGGCGGCGGGGGGGACCCGGAGCUCUGCGCCACGGACGAGAUGAUCCCCUUCAAGGACGAGGGCGACCCCCAGAAGGAGAAGAUCUUCGCCGAGAUCAGCCACCCCGAGGAGGAGGGCGACCUGGCCGACAUCAAGUCGUCCUUGGUGAACGAGUCUGAGAUCAUCCCGGCCACCAACGGACACGAGGUGGCCAGACCAGCACAGACCUCUCAGGAGCCGUACCACGACAAGGCCAGAGAACACCCCGAUGACGGAAAGCACCCAGAUGGAGGCCUCUAUAACAAGGGACCCCCCUACUCGAGUUACUCCGGGUACAUCAUGAUGCCGAAUAUGAACCCUGACCCGUACAUGCCCAAUGGAUCUCUUUCUCCGCCCAUCCCGAGAACAUCGAACAAAGUGCCCGUGGUGCAGCCGUCCCACGCCGUCCACCCCCUCACUCCCCUCAUCACCUACAGUGACGAGCACUUUUCUCCAGGGUCACACCCGUCACACAUCCCGUCUGACGUCAGCUCCAAACAAGCAGGCAUGUCCAGGCACCCCGCGGCUCCGGAGAUCCCCACCUUUUACCCCCUGUCUCCGGGUGGCGUCGGACAGAUCACCCCACCACUUGGCUGGCAAGGUCAGCCUGUCUAUCCCAUCUCGGGAGGAUUCAGGCAGCCCUACCCAUCCUCCCUGUCCGUGGACACCUCCAUGUCCAGGUUUUCCCACCACAUGAUCCCCGGCCCGCCUGGUCCCCACACGACUGGCAUUCCUCACCCGGCUAUUGUAACACCUCAGGUCAAACAGGAGCACCCCCACACCGACAGCGACCUAAUGCACGUGAAGCCUCAGCACGAACAGAGGAAGGAGCAGGAGCCCAAGAGACCUCACAUUAAGAAGCCUCUGAAUGCUUUUAUGUUAUACAUGAAAGAGAUGAGGGCAAACGUUGUCGCCGAGUGCACGCUCAAGGAGAGCGCGGCCAUCAACCAGAUCCUGGGCAGAAGGUGGCAUGCUCUGUCCCGUGAAGAGCAGGCUAAAUACUAUGAACUGGCACGGAAGGAAAGACAGCUCCAUAUGCAGCUUUACCCUGGCUGGUCUGCGAGAGACAAUUAUGGGAAGAAGAAGAAGAGGAAGAGAGAGAAGUUGCAGGAAUCCACAUCAGGUACAGGUCCCAGAAUGACAGCUGCCUACAUCUGAAACAUGGUGGGAAACGAAGCUCAUUCCCCACGUGCAAAGCCAAGGCGGCGACCCCAGGACCUCUUCUGGAGAUGGAAGCUUGUUGAAAGCCCAGCCCGGCUCCGCCGCUUGCCCUGUCAACCCCCAAGGAGAGCUGAUGCCAACUUCACCCUGAGGUCACUGCUAGAGACACUGACCAUAGAGACAAUCACUGCCAACCCCCUUUCCUCCACCACCAGAGCCAAGUGCCCCAUAAGACACUUAAGAGUUUUCAGAAGAAACGACAAAGCACAGAGAAGACCAGCGCUCCCCGGCCCGUGAUUCCUGUCACCUCUGAGUGACUUGACUCCAUUUGCCUGUUGAGAGCAACACCUCCCUGCGGCGGGGGACCCUGCUCUAAGGGUCUCUCCUGUCUGCCUUUUUUCUCUCCCUUCUCUGAAAGCUUUUAUUUAACAGUGCAAAAGGAUCAACCUUGUGUCUGCUUUUUUUUUAAACUUGAAAUUUUUUUUUUAAUUUACAUUCUUUAGUUUGAAUUUUCUUGUAUAUUUUGCUAGCUCUGAGCUUUUCAGUAAAAUGCAGAGAUCUGGAAAGGUGUGAAGAGAAUCGGAAAUGAUGGGAAGCCUGUAGGGCACACUGUGGCCCUGCGCAAAGCCGGUGUCCACAGCAUGGCAGGAGCUGCUCAGUUGCGGCUCCGAGGAGCAAGAGGCUGAGGGCAGCAUUGUCCUGUAGCUUCUCACUCUUCUCACUAUCUAUUUUAAAAUGAUAAAACAUCACAGAUUCUUUCCUCAGACCCAUUUGCGGUGAAUUUUCAGUUCUUUCUGCCUCACCCCCUUGUUGUAAAAAGCCCAGCACUUGAAUUGUUCUUACUUUAAAUGUUCUGUAUUUGUAUCUGUUUUUAUUAGCCGAUUAGUGGGAUUUUAUGCCAGUUGUUAAAAUGAGCAUUGAUGUACCCUUAAAAAAAAACCACAAAAAAAACAAGGCACAGCCUUUGCCCCAAACUGUCAUCUAACGUUUGUCAUUCCAGUUUGAGUUAACGUGCUGAGCAUUUUUUAAAAGAAGCUUUGUAAUAAAA